UUGUGUCUGUGUUCUUUAGGAUUCAUUCAAAGGGCAAGCCUGAUGGAACAGGACAGAACCACCCAUCCUGAGGGCAACAGUCUGAGUCCAUUCCUGAUACCGUCACCUUCUCCCAUCUGCCAGACAGAACCUCAACUCCAGAAUGGAAGCCCGUUAGUAGAGAGACUUCAUCUAGAAGAAGUAAAUGGAGACACCAAGUGGCAGUCUUUCAAACGUUAUUAUGGAAUACCCCCUGCGAAAGGCAGCCAGAUCAGUUGUGAGAGUCCAGACUUUGUACAUGAAGGCAGAGGGUAUUCCAGGUGCUUGCAAAACGGAGGAAUCAAACGCACUGCCAGUGAACCAUCUCUCUCUGGGCUCCAUCUGAACACGAAAUUGAAACUAGACCAAAAAGCUAAGGGAGAAGGUAACUUCGGGGACAGCCAAGAAAGAAACCCAGGUGAAAGCAGCCGUCAGCCAAAUGUCUCCAGUGUGAGAGAGAACAGAGAAGCUGUGCCCUCAGGAGCCCAGGAAAGUACAGGGACAGCCAUUGAUGAUUUCCCAACUCGUAACUGCAAUGGAGUUGAAAACACAGAGUUUCGGGUUCUCAAGGAGCAGGAAGGGGAAAAUGGCAGGAACAUUUUAUUACUUAAAAACAAGGCUGUGCUAAUGUCUAAUGGUGCUACAGUUUCUGCCCCUUCUGUGGAAAACACACAUGGUGAAGUUCUGGAAAGAACACCAUCUCAGUGUUGUCCAGAACAUGUUUCCAUUGCAGUGCAGAAUACCACAUCUCAUGUGAAUGCCCUCAACAGUCGGGCUACUAAUGAGUUGUCUUGUGAGAUCACUCAACCAUCGCAUACCUCAGAGCAGAUCAAUUCCCCACAGACCUCAGGCUCCCAGCUGCCUCCCGAGCCAGCUGCCAUGGUGACUGAGGCCUGUGAUGCUGAUAAUGCCAGCAAAGCGGCUGGAGUGCUAGGUACCUGUCCCUUCCCGAAACCAGAACACCAACAAACAUCAGUUUUGGAGACAUGCCCAUCUCCAGCAGAAAACAGAAACAUCCAAGGAAACAUGAAGCUAUUUGCUGAAGAGUUCGGUUCCAGUUCCCACAGUGAUUUGCAAGCUUCUCGAGGCAGCUCUGAGCAGUAUUUAAAGCGAAAGGAAAUCAAUGGUGCUUACUUCAGUCAAAGCUCAGUGUUCACUAAAGAUUCCAUUUCUGCCACUACCAUGACUCCACCGUCACAACGGCUUCUUUCUCCCCGUCCCAUUCUUCAGCUUCCUUUAGAAGGAAAAGGUUCUCUGGCUUUGGAAGAACACCGUCGCUUAAGCAACACAACUCUCUUAAGGGAAGGGAAAAUGGAACAGCAACCAACAGUGGCAUCAUCUUGCCAGAGUUCAAAUCCAUCUGUUCAUACAUCUAACCCCUCGUCGAUGCUUCCAGAAGGACAUCAGAGUAAUUGUGUCUCAGUGUGCUCUGAACAAACAAGAACAAUGUCAGAAUAUCUCAAGUAUUACCCCCCGAAUCAUGGUCGCAGUGGAGACUUACAAGAACGCAGCCUUCAUCUGAUGGGACACAGGGAACAAGAGAUUCUGAAGGAUGAAAACGGGAAACCAACACACGAUCCACUGCUGGCGGCCCAGCACUACCUGAAACCUGGAUGGAUUGAACUGAAGGCCUCUCGUUCUCGUGAAGCACACCAUCAGCCACAGUGUAAGGAUACAAUGGUUCACUCAGUCCUUCGCUAUCAGGCCAGCCCUUCCAGUCAGAUGUCCUCCAGAUGGUACACUGGAAAUGUGAACAUGCCAGGAGGAUUCCCAAGGCUACCUUACAUCCAGAAAACAGUUCCACCUGAGCAGAAGUCACAAACAUACCAAAUGGAGAUGAAUCAAGGCCACACACCAGGUAUGGGGGACCAACAUCUACCAUUGCAGCAAACUUCAUACCAGGGGUGCAUCUCCAAGGCAGACACCCCUCCUGACACUCAUGGGCAAGCACCAAGUGUUCCCCUGUUUCAUUUUCAGCAAAGAGUGGAUCCCUCCACUAAUAAGCACUUGAAUCAACAGGCCACAGUGGCCGAACCAUUUUCAACGUUUUUACAAUAUAAGCCUGCUAAGCAGGCAGCCCAAACACAAGUAUCCCAGAAUUCAAAUUUCCCUCAAAACUGCCAGCAGCAGCAAUUACAGAGGAAGAACAAAGAACAAAUGCCCCAGACCUUUUCUCAUCUCCAAAGUAGCAAUGAGAAGCAAAGAGAAGGACCAUGCUCUGGCCGGAUUAAAGUGGAAGAAUGCUAUAGUGGUGAAAACCAGUAUUUAAAAUCAAGUAAUUUCCAAACUCACAGUAGCCAAAGGCCAUUAGAGCCAGUACAGAAUGUGAGUAGUAAGAAUUACUCUUACCUGAAUAUCUUCCAAUCAAAUCCCAGCAAAUCACAGAUUCCCUGUUCAAAUGAUACACACCCAGUUCCUGAGACUCUAGAGCAAACUCUAUAUCCUGAACUCUUUGUGGGAAAUAAGACCCCGAGCCUGCAGAACAUGCAAUAUUUUCCAAGUGAUGUGAGCCCAAAUCAGGACAUUCAUCAUCACAGGUGCUUCCCCAUCCAAGAACAGAAGCCUCAACAAGCUCUGGCUCUGCAGGGAUUUAAAGGCAGGAGCCAGGAUGCCUCAUCUGGGCAGCAGGCAGCAAGACUACCUGAAGUAGCUCAGCAGAGGUACUCGGUGCCUAAUCAAGCAAAGACACUCCCUGUCCCCAAGGCAGGAGGAAAUCAGAUGCAGACCCCUCCUCAGAGGGACACUCAGAAGCAUGCCGCCCUAAGGUGGCUCCUCUUACAGAAGCAAGAGCAGCAGCAAACACAGCAGUCCCAGGCUGACUCUUGUCAGAAUCAGAUGCACAGGCCAAUCAAGACUGAGCCUGGGUCCAAACCCUCUUCCUGUAAACGCCCCAUGCCGGCCCCCCAAGAAAAACUCUCCAGAAGGAUAAAGCAAGAGAUUUCCCCACUGAGCUGUGAUGAUGGGCAGCCGAAAAGUAUCAUUGAGACCUUAGAGCAGCAUCUGGAGCAGUUUCAGCUCAACUCGUUCUUUAACCACAAGUCCCUGACUCUCUCAAAGGAACCAGUGAGAGUGGAGACAUCAGGGGCCAUCACAGUUUUAUCCACAAAUGUUCACGCUGCAGAUCCUGAGAGCCACGCCCCAGCUUCAGAAAAGACACCAACCAAAAGGACAGCUGGCUCUGCUCUCAACAAUUUUUUAGACUCGCCUUCCAAACUCCUUAAACUUCCUAUAAAAAAUUUAUUGGAUACUCCCAUCAAGACUCAAUAUGAUAUCCCACCCUGCAAAUGUGUUGAACAAGUUAAUGAAAAAGAUGAAGGUCCUUUUUAUACCCAUCUAGGAGCUGGUCCUAAUGUGGCAGCUAUUAGAACAAUCAUGGAAGAAAGGUUUGGACAGAAGGGUAAAGCUCUUAGGAUUGAAAGAGUCAUCUAUACUGGUAAAGAAGGCAAAAGUUCUCAGGGAUGUCCUAUUGCCAAAUGGGUGAUUCGAAAAGGGAACCUUGAGAAGUUCCUGUGUUUGGUUCGAGAGCGAGCUGGCCAUAGCUGUGAUGUUGCUGUGAUUGUGAUUCUCAUCAUAAUAUGGGAAGGAAUCCCACGACCUCUGGCUGACCAACUCUACUCAGAUCUUAGAGAGACGCUGAGUAAAUAUGGUGCCCCCACUAUUCGUCGCUGUGCCCUGAAUGAAGAGAGAACCUGUGCUUGUCAGGGCUUGGAUCCAGAAACCUGUGGUGCCUCCUUUUCUUUUGGUUGUUCUUGGAGCAUGUACUAUAAUGGAUGUAAGUAUGCCAGAAGCUAGAACCCAAGGAAAUUUAAGCUACUUGGAGAUGAUCCAAAAGAGGAAGAGAAACUAGAAUCUCAUUUGCAAAACCUGUCUACUUUAAUUGCUCCAAUAUACAAGAAAUGUGCACCUGAUGCAUACAAUAAUCAGAUUGAAUAUGAACACAGAGCUCCAGAGUGCCGUUUGGGUCUGAAGGAAGGCCGGCCGUUCUCAGGGGUCACUGCAUGUAUGGACUUUUGUGCUCACGCCCACAGAGACCUGCACAACAUGGCAAAUGGCAGCACAUUGGUGUGCACCCUCACUAGAGAAGACAAUCGAGAAAUUGGAGGAGAACCUAAGGAUGAGCAGCUGCACGUAUUACCAAUGUACAAAAUCUCUCCUGUGGAUGAGUUUGGGAGUGCUGAAGGUCAGGAGGAGAAGAUACGAAAUGGGUCCAUUCAGGUCCUGAACUCUUUUCGGAGGAAAGUGAGGAUGUUAGCAGAGCCGGUCAAGAGUUGUCGACAAAGAAAACUGGAGGCCAAGAGAGCUGCCGCUGAAAAGCUUUCUUCCCUGGAGAACUGCUCGAAUAAGAAUGAAAAGGACAAGUCUUCCUCACGAACAAAGCAGAUGGAAACUGCAAGCCAAAUGAAACAGCUGCCAGAACAAUUGCGGCCUUCAGGAUCUGUCAUACAGCAGCCCCAGCCACUCCAGAGGCACCUUCCCCAAGUACAGCAGCCACACCAGCCACAGGCACAGCCACCUCAGCCACAGCCACAGCCUAUCUUGUCCAGUAACUCUCAAUCUGAGUCCAUUGGCUCUUACUCCACCAACCCAUACAUGAGACGUCCCAAUCCACUUAAUCCUUAUCCAAGUUCUUCACACACUUCAGAUAUGUAUGGAAAUACCAAUCAUGCAAACCUUUAUACCACCUCAUCUCAAGCUGCAGGUUCAUAUUUGAGUUCUUCUGACCCCAUGAGCCCCUACCCUGGGUUUUUCAACCAGAAUAACCAAUAUGCAGCAUACCGGUGCAAUGGGAAUGUGUCCGUGGACAGCUGCUCUCCUUUCUUAAGUACUUACUCCCCCCAGUCUCAGCCCAGGGAUCUGUAUAGAUAUCCAAGCCAGAACCCCCUCACCAAGCUGAACCUACCACCCAUCCACACACUUUACCAACAGAGGUUUGGAGACAGUCCCUCUAAGUACUUAAGUUAUGGAAACCAAAACAUGCAGCGAGAUGCCUUCAGUGACUGUACCAUAAAACCGAAUGUACAUCACCUGGCAACAUUUCCUCCUUAUCCCACCCCUGGGGUGGAUGGCCAUUUCAUGGGAGUUACCUCCAGAUUACCAUACAGCAUGAGCAAUCCAAACAUAGACUACAGAAACAGGGAGCAUCAGCCACCUACUCACACUAUCCACAGCUACCCUGCAGCUUCAGGCAUGACAACCAGCUCCAGUCACGCCUUCCACAACAAGGAGAACAACAUACUCUCCCACACAGCUAAUGGGCUAUCAAGGGUGCUUCCAGGGAUUAAUCAUAAUAGCACUGCUCCUGCUCAAGGUCUGUUACACAGUCUGACUGAGGACAGUCAGGAGAAGCAGCCUGGGGCAGCAGGCCAGGGUGCAGCUUCUUCUAUGGAGGACAAUGAGGAGGUUUGGUCAGACAGUGAGCAGAGCUUUCUGGAUCCUAACAUUGGAGGGGUGGCUGUGGCUCCAACUCACGGAUCCAUUCUCAUUGAGUGUGCAAAGCGAGAGGUUCAUGCCACAACCCGAAUAAAUAAUCCUGACCGGGGUCAUCCUGCCAGGAUCUCACUUGUAUUUUACCAGCAUAAGAACCUGAAUGAGCCAAAGCAUGGCUUGGCUCUCUGGGAAGCUAAAAUGGCUGAAAAAGCCCGAGAGAAAGAGGAGGAGUGUGAAAAGUAUGGACCAGACUACGUGUCUCAGAAAAGCCAUGGCAAAAGGGUAAAACGUGAGCCCACAGAGCUGCAGGAACUUGCUGAGCCCAGUUACCUGCGCUUCAUCCAGUCUCUUGCUGAGAACACAGGGUCCGUGACCACAGACUCCACGGUGACUACAUCUCCAUAUGCCUUCACUCAGGUCACGGGGCCUUACAACAGAUAUGUAUGAUGCUGUCCUUUAUGCCAGGCCACCAAGAACAACCUGUCAGUAGUAUAGUCUUAUGGCAUGGGCAGUUGGGAAAGGUCACAGCAUCCACGACAAAUGGUGUGUGUGUGUGUGUGUGUGUGUGUGUGUGUGUGUGUGUGUACAUGUGUGUGUACAUGUGUGUUGGGGGAGGGUGUCAACUCACCAGCAAAAUAGGGAUUAAUUUUACCAUUGCACUUAAUCUCUGCUGACUUCCCAAGUGGUCACUGGUGGCAUUCAGGAAAAAGACCAAAGCAUCCUAUGCAAAGGGAAGGUGGAAAGCAAGUGCUCCACGGUUUCUAUUUUCAAAACCACUGGUUCUCUUAUUGGCUGAGGUCAUGUGUGUGUGAGAUGCUCUCUCGACACUCCACACAGGUGACCACUUCUAAUACCAACUUUACAUAGUCAUGGGACACAGUACUGUAGUCGUACAGUUGCAGGAAUCAUCUGGUGCUGAUCUCUGAUGUACUGAAUACUGGAAUUAUGGCUUUUUAACAUGCAGUUUUUACUGUAACCUUAAUAUUAACUUAUUUAUCAAGAGUAAUUACAGGAAGCUUUGGUGAAUAAUGGCAAAACACUGAAUUUGUUUGGGUAUGACAUGAAAUGGUGCUACAAAAACGGUGUCUUUAAUAGCCGAAAAGUUAAUGCCUUUUUAUCAUGCGACCAGUGCAGUGAGUGCCCUUCAAGACCUGGGGUACCUUUCACUUACAUUUCUGUCUUAAUUACUUAUUCUUAUACAGUUGAGUUUUUAAAACGUGGACAUUUUAAAGGCCUCUGGACUGUGCUCAUCCAGUGAUGUCCUUGUAGGACUAUAAACAUAAUGUGUACAUAUACACAUUUUUAUAUGUGCAAAUACAUGUAUAUUGAAAUAUUUUAAGAGGUGUUUUAGAAGCACUUUGCCUACCUAAGCUUUGGCAACUUGAACAAUGCUAAGGUACUGAGAUGUUUUUUAAAAAGUUUACUUUCAUUUAGGAUUAAAAGUUUAUUUUUUUUUAAAGGAAAGCUUUUAAAACAAUUGCUUUUAGCCAUGUAUCUGCUGAUGAGCAGUAUUGAUUGUGACACGGCCUGUGAAAUCCAAACAGAAACUGAAUGGAUGUGUUAGUCCACAAUAUACAUGCUUUCUGGUGCUCAUCUUACAUGAUGACUAUAAAUAACAGUAUGACAAGCUCAUUUGCUUCUGUGGGUACAGCUGAAGAUUCUCUGUUAACUGCAGACCAUAACUAGUGGAAUGCCACAGACCCAGCAAAGCUAGCUUGUCCACCUAGGCCCACACUGUCUCGUGCAUCUGUAUGGUCAGGACAGCAGGCUGCCUUUGGGUUACUCAUGCAUUUCAAUGUCAUUGCUUUGCUUAAGUCUCCUAACCAGGAAGCUGGAGUGGACUGACGCCUGCAUAAGAUGAGCAGUCAGGGUUAAGCAAUCUGUCAGUUACAAAACAGAACAAAAACCCCAAACAAGAUAGGCAGCUGGUUUGCUGUGGUGAUUUUAAAUCAUAAAUUUGUAUAAAAAGAUGACAGAGUUGUAUAGUAAAUUAAAUUGUAAAACAAAACUUUUUUAAUGCAAUGCUUUAGUAUUUUAGUACUGUAAAAAUUAAAUAUAUACAUAUGUGUAUAUAUAUAUUAUAUAUAUAUGAGAUUGAAGAAAAAUUCACAUCACGAUGGUGCUACUCAGACUGCUACAAAUAGAUGCUAAUAUGAGCUAAGAAUUGAUUAAAAGUUUGAGUGAUGUUCCUACUUGUCAUAUACCUCAACACUAGUUUGGCAAUGGGAUAUUGAACUAAGUGAAAGCUUAUAGCAUUGUAUACCACCAUUUUUUUAAAAGUCUUUUUUUAUUAUUAAAGCAUACCGUUUUCAAUACUUGAUUUCUUAGCAAGUAUAACUUGAAUUUCAAACUUUUGUUCUAAAAAUUCAGGGAUAUUCAGCUCGUUCUCCUUAUGCCAACAUGUCAUCUGUGUUUAUGUAAAGUUGUCAGUUAAUAUAUUCUUUUUUCAGGGGUUUAAGUCUUUAUCUUGAAUCCCUCCCAUUUUGCUUGUACAUGUACUGAUAACUGAAACUAAUUUUGUAAACCUGUCAACUUUUAAUUAUAAAGAAAAGCAUUUUUAAAGUUUGGAAAGUUUUGAUGAUUUUUUUAACAGAGUAAAAAGUUUAAAAUAGAGUGCACUGACCUGAUAAAGGGAAACUUGUGAAGUAAAAGGUCACCACAGGACUGUUGGCCAAAUCCGAAAAGGGUUUUGAUCUAGGAAUGAUUUCAGGUUCAUAUCCAUGAGUGUCUCCAAACAGUCCUGGGAUCUGGUGGUGUGCUGUGCAAUAGGACUCUGUUACAUUGUGGCCUAAAUACAGUGUUGCUUACUAGCUUUUCAAAUAAAUAGCUUUGUGAUGAGUGGAGACCUUUGUAAUUUAUUGGUCACAUUUUGUCAUUAGGACUUUCAGAAUGUCUGCUUUGCACACAAAACCAGGAGUUUAAUGGUUUCCACACCAUGAUGUUGAAUCUACGACAUCAGUUUCCUGCAGGUGCGUUUGGCAAUUGAGCCGGCCAUCCAUAAGGAAUGUUUGCUUUACAUGUCACCCACUGUCAUUUGUCAAACUGCUGGCCAACAGGAGCAGGAAAGUGUGGUUUUGAGAAGAUGGGUUGUAGAGGAAGAGAGGCAAUUAAAUGACACCCAACCUCUCUCAGAUCAAAUGGAAAGCAGAUCAGCAAUUUGCUUCUCUAGGAAUAGGUUGACUACAGAGCCAUACUUGAAAGUGCUUCUGCAUGGUGUCAACAUUACUUGAAUGAAAUUUUCAUCUUGAUUGACGCACAGUGAUGUAUAGUUCACUUUACAAGGUAGUGCUUAACUUGUUAGGAAAAUCUUUUGUAGUUUGACACUAAGAUAAUGAACUUCGGUGCGCAUUUUUCUAUGGUUUAUUUUUUUAACUUAGUUUCAUUCAUGAGAUGUUGGGUUUGUUUAUAAAACCUGAGGACGGUUAUAAAUACUGUAAGUAUUGUAAUGUUAUGCAGGCUAUUUGAAAGCUGUUUAUUAUUAUAUCAUUCCUGAUAAUGCUAUGUGAGUGUUUUUAAUAAAAUUUAUAUUUAUUUAAUGCACUCCAA